CCACCACCUUAUAAACCACCUAUUCCGUAUCCUCAAAGAGUCGCAAUUUCUAAAACUGCAGGGCAAUUUAAGAAAUUUGUUGAACUUCUAAAGCAACUGAACAUCACAAUACCCUUUACAGAAGUUAUCACACAAAUGCCCUCAUAUGAAAAGUUUCUUAAAGACAUUCUAUCCAAUAAGAAAAAAAUCGAGGAUAACGAAACAGUUACAUUUACUACUGAGUGUAGUGCAAUAAUCCAAAACAACAUGCCUCCCAAACUGAAAGACCCAGGUAGUUUCUCCAUACCCUGUGUCAUAGGAAAGUUCGUCAUAGACAAAGCUCUAUGCGACUUAGGAGCCAACAUUAGUGUAAUGCCCUUAUCCAUCUGUAAAAGGCUCAACAUAGGAGAACUAAGACCAACCAAGAUGUCUGUUCAACUAGCUGACUGCUCAAUCAAAUAUCCUGUUGGUAUACUAGAGAAUGUCUCAGUACGUGUAGGACAAUUCUACAUUCCUACCGACUUCAUAAUCAUGGACAUCAAAGAAGAUGCCACUACACCUAUUAUAUUAGGAAGGCCAUUCUUAGCUACCGCCGGAGCCAUAAUAGACAUGAAAAGAGGAAAGCUAACAUUCGAAGUUGGAGAAAAAAAAGUUGAAUUCAUCUUGACACAAUUCUUACAAGCGCCAGCUAUAGACGAUACU